AUGCAAUCCGCAGCUACUGCAGUGAUCCUGUUCCUGUUGUCCGGUUUCGCGGUCUGUGCGGCGGAAGAUGUGGGACGCAUCACCAUCGUGGGUCUGUUUCCGUCCGAAGAUUCGGUAGAACAAAUGGCCUUUGAACUGGCCAUACAUAAAGUCAACUUGGACCCGGCACUUUCGAACGACGUCAAACUCGAAGGCCGAGUAGAAAUUGUCGACAUCAACGAUGGUUAUCAGACUAGCAAAAUAGUAUGCGAAUCUCUCGAGUCUGGCGUCGGAGCUAUUUUCGGUCCCGCAGGCUACGAGUCAUCGGUCAUAGUCCAAUCGAUAUGCGAUUCUAUGGAAAUCCCUCACAUCGAAACCCAUUGGAAAAUGAACCCUAUACAACAACCGAACUAUUACAUAAACGUUUAUCCGGAUCCGGUGGUCCUCAGUCGCGGGUAUACGGCCAUCGUCCGCGACAUGGAUUGGACAUCCUUUACUCUGCUGUACCAGCGAGAUGAAGGACUGUUAAGGUUGCAGCACUUAAUCCAAGAUUAUUCUGGACUGACCAAAUUAUCGGAUACUGAAUUAUCGGCUAUUACUAUCAUAAAGUUAUCAAAAAAUUACGAUUACCGACCUAUGCUCAAAGAGGUCAAAAAAUCUCUGGAGAGUCAUAUUGUCUUGGAUUGUGAUACAGAUAUCAUAUUAACUGUAUUGGGGCAAGCUGAAGAUGUAGGCCUAAUGGACGAUUACCACAGUUUUAUUAUUACUUCUCUGGAUGCACACACUAUAGAUUAUGGUCACUUACAAUUUAAACGUACCAAUAUCACUGCAGUGAAAUUAAUAGAUCCGUCAAGUCCAACAGUAACUAGUAUAAUGGCAGAUCUUGAAUUCGUUCAACAGAGAAUGAAUUUGAAUAUGGAAGUAUUUCGAGCAGAGACUAUUACAGUUAACGCGUUAUUGAUGUUUGAUGCGGUCAAUGUGUACGCUAAAGCGUUGCGUGGUAUUGGUGGCACAAAAGCCAUCAAGGCCGAACCGAACAGUUGUGCAAAUCGAUCGAUUACUGGAUGGUCCAGUGGAUUUAGUCUUAUCAACUUCAUGAGAGUCGUAGAAACCGAUGGUCUCACUGGCAAAUUACGAUUCGACCAAGAUUCUGGGUAUAGGAGUUAUUUCACAUUGGAAAUGGUUGAGUUGACAAAUACGGGGUUCAAGAAGAUCGGUGUUUGGGAUCCGCAAAAAGAAAUGUCGUACACGAGGACUAGGAAUCAAAUGCUGGACGAUCUGGUGAACGCAAACAUGAACAAGACUUUCAUUGUCGCAUCAAAAAUUACAGAGCCGUACAUGAUGUUGAAAGAAGAUCACAAAAAUCGCGUUGGCAAUGACAAGUACGAGGGAUACGUGGUUGAUUUAAUACAUAUGAUUUCGGAAGAGAUCAAUAUCACGUACGAGUUCAAAUUGCGGAACGAUGGUAAUGGCAAAAAAGACAAGAAGACUGGUAAAUGGGACGGACUUAUCGGAGAAGUUCAUGAACUGAGAGCCGACUUAGCUGUUUGUGAUCUGACCAUCACACACGACAGGAGGACAGCAGUUGAUUUUACGACUCCUUUCAUGAAUUUGGGAAUCAGCAUCUUGUUCAGUAAACCAAAAGAACCAGAAACAAAUUUAUUCUCUUUCACCCAACCCUUAUCGUUUCAUGUUUGGAUAUAUACUGCGACUGCAUACUUGGGUCUAUCAAUUAUUCUCUAUAUUUUAGCUAGGAUUACUCCUAACGAGUGGCAAAAUCCUCAUCCGUGUGCAUCAGAGCCUGAAGAACUCGAGAACUCGUUGUCUUUAAUAAAUUGUUUAUGGUUUUCUUUGGGGUCUAUAUUAUGCCAGGGGAGUGAAGUAUUGCCAAGAGCUUUUUCAACAAGAGUGUGCGCGUCGAUGUGGUGGUUUUUUGCAUUAAUCGUAACGCAGUCAUACACUGCUAAUUGGACCGCAUUUUUAACAUCAAGUCGAAAGGAGUCUGCGAUCAAAAGAGUUGAGGAUCUAGACAAACAGUCGACCAUAAAAUAUGGAUGCGUUAGAGGGCAAUCUACUGCCGGGUUUUUUGAGAACUCUGAUGUGAACCUUUAUCAAAAAAUGUAUAGCGUAAUGGAAACAUACGGUGACACAGUUAUGAUGUAUGACAAUAAACAGGGUGUAGACCGAGUGAAAAAAGAAAGAGAAGCCUACGCUUUUUUUAUGGAGUCCAGUACAAUUGAGUAUGAAGUCCAGAGAAAUUGUGAUUUGACAGAAGUAGGAACCUGGUUGGAUAACAAAGCAUAUGGAAUCGCAAUGCCUUUUAAUGCUCCACAUAGAACGGCAGUCAGUAUGGCAUUAUUAAAACUUUCCGAAUCUGGGAAGCUAAUGGAACUAAAAGACAAAUGGUGGUCGGUAUCUGAAGACAAAAUGUGUCCAAUACCUAAAAAAGAUUCUGCAGAGCUAGACGUAAAUGAAGUGGGAGGGAUGUUUGUCAUUCUUAUUUUGGGGUGUAUGUUAGGAUUUCUAUUCUCACUAUUGGAAUUCUUAUGGAACAUUCGAAAAGUGGCAGUCGCAGAAAAAUUAUCACCGUGGGAAGCAUUCAAGCUGGAAUUGAAAUUUGUGCUUAAAUGCCACCAUUCGACUAAACCAGUCAGACACACUACAUAUUCGGAUGAACAGUCUUCAGAAAACUAA